UCUCUCUAAAAAAUAUUCAUCACAGAUCCACUCGGUCCCUCGCAAAAUCUCCGGCGACCUCAAACCCCGGCUCGAUCGAACCCAAUCGCGUAGGGUUUUUCGAUCUAGGCGCUCUAGGGUUUCUCGAAUCCAAGGGAUCAGGUUUUAAAGAUGAAUCUCGUCUUCGGAGUGUUGAGAUUGCAUUAUGAGAAGAGGAAUUUGUAGUUUUUUUUUGUUAAAGGAGAAAGAGGUCAAAAAAAUGGUGAUAAAUAGGCAACAUUUGCUUACUUACCUCUAUCUGCUUAUUUACAUAUGCCUCUCGUCUGGAGUUAUUCUUUACAACAAGUGGGUUCUCUCCCCUAAGUAUUUCAAAUUUCCUUUUCCAAUAACACUUACUAUGAUCCACAUGGGAUUUUCCGGUGCAGUAGCAUUCAUUCUUGUUCGUGUUUUGAAGGUUGUUGCUCCUGUUAAGAUGACAUUUCAAAUAUAUGCUACGUGUAUUAUUCCCAUCAGUGCAUUCUUUGCGUCAAGUCUUUGGUUUGGCAACACUGCUUAUUUGUACAUAUCAGUUGCUUUCAUUCAAAUGCUCAAAGCUUUAAUGCCUGUAGCAACAUUCGUCAUGGCAGUCAUAUGUGGCACUGACAAACUAAGGUGUGAUCUUUUCCUGAAUAUGCUGCUUGUCAGUGUUGGGGUCGUAAUCUCGUCAUACGGAGAAAUUCAUUUUAAUACAAUUGGAACAGUUUACCAGGUUACUGGUAUAUUUGCUGAAGCUCUUAGGCUGGUUUUAACACAAGUACUUCUUCAGAAAAAGGGUUUGACGUUAAAUCCUGUCACCAGUCUAUAUUACAUUGCUCCCUGCAGCUUCCUCUUUUUAUUUGUACCCUGGUAUCUACUGGAGAAACCUGGGAUGGAAGUAUCUCAUAUUCAGUUCAAUUUCUGGAUAUUCUUCUCAAAUGCACUUUGUGCUUUAGCCUUGAACUUCUCAAUAUUUCUCGUAAUCGGCAGAACGGGAGCUGUCACUAUUCGAGUUGCUGGAGUUUUGAAAGACUGGAUACUAAUUGCCCUUUCGACAAUUAUAUUUCCUGAAUCUACCAUUACUGGUCUUAAUAUUAUUGGAUAUGCAGUUGCAUUGUGUGGGGUCGUCAUUUACAACUACCUGAAGGUAAAGGAUAUCCGAGUAUCUAAUCAGCUUCCUCUGGAAAGCCUCCCAGAAAGAGUAACUAAGGAUUGGAAGCUGGAGAAGAAGUCAUCAGAUGUAUAUGCCACCGAUGAUAGCAACAACAAGAGCCCCAUCUCCGGGAACAACCACCUUAACAUUCCCAUGGAAUCUGCUGGUGACGAGGAAGCAGCCUUCUUGCCGUCCUCAAGGCUCUACUACAUUGGGAAAUCAAAGCUGAACCAAUAGCCAAAUUCCUAUACUUUUAUUGAGGAAGAAGCACCCGGUUAAAAAUGGUUACUUUAUUCGGCAUACACGUUACUUAAAUGGAUGAUAUACUUGGGGUACCCCCUUUAGGCUUACCAAUACAUACAUUUGCUUGUCAAGAAAAACCCAUUUUUUCCCCCACGUGGGGUUUGUUAAUGUAAAGACUCGGUCUAAAUACUUCCGCAUAUCCCCUAAAUGAAUGUUAGUCUAUUGUUUUUAGUUUUAGGUUUCUUUGUAGGACGCAACAGUGUUGUCAUUCUUAGUAAUUCUUUGUUGAAAGUAUAGUGUAUUCAGUUGAUGAAAUUGCGUUGUAAAGCUAUAUCUUGGAGCGGGCUCGCCUUCGCCA